CCUCCCUCCAUCUCACUUAAGGCUAGUUAUAUAAAAAAUGAAUAGAGAUCAAAUCAUGCAAAAUCUAUUUGGCUAUCCAUCCGAAGAGGAGUCUGCAUCAAGCCAUGAAAUGAACCACCAGCCUGAAUUUAACUCUGAUGAAAGGGACGGAGGAACUGAACAUGCUAAUGAUGCCACAUCCAGUCAACUGGUUGAAAUUGAUGGUGGUUUUCAGUUAAAUGAGGAUGCCGUAUGCUCAAGGUCUAGCGAUGGAGGGUUUGAGCACCAUACGCAAACAGCACCAAAAGAAGAGAUCAAAAUUGGACGUGGUGCAGAGUUACAUCAUGAGGGCGGAAGCACAUGUAACUGUGAUGAAGGAGGGCCUAUGUGUGAUAAUAAAAGCACAUUCAGGCAUAGGGUCAAAACUGAAGUUGGAGCUGAGUUUAAUGAUGAGGCUGGAGGGAUCGAUAAAGAGAGUAGUAGCUCAAUGCUAUUAAAGACUGAGAAUGGAAAGGAUCGAGCUCGAAUUGCAGAUGUAAUGCGUGCUCUUUUUGGGGAUUCAGAUGAGGAACCAGGACAAUAUGAAGCUGAGUAUGGCACUGAUCAAGGGAAAAACAAUUCCAUAUCUCCAGAACACAAGUUAAGUUAUGGGGAAGAUCUGGAGUCUAAAGGUACUGAAUCAAGUGAAUACACACAAUUUGGACCCGAAGAAGUAGAAGAAAAGGCCGGGGAUAAACUAGAGGGGGAGUCAAAGGAUAAACUGGAGGAGCAGUCAAUCGGUAGGUUGCUGGUGGUGGAGUUUCCAAACCGCACUCCACGUGCUGACCCAUCUCAGAUGGCAACAACUGAACUCUCAAACAUAGUAGCAUUUGAUAGUAAGCCAUUUGACCCAACAACAUACUCAGGGGAAGAUAUUUAUAUAACAGACGCUUCCGGAUCUGAAAUGAUUAUCCCAUCAACCAAUAUCGUUCGAUGGAGAAAUGUCGUAAACAAUGAUGGAACAAUCUCUGCUGAAAGCAAUGCACGCAUUGUGAAUUGGUCGGAUGGGAGCUUCCAGUUGUUAAUUGGGAAAAAGGCAUUUGACGUCACGGAGGAAGAUGCAAACAAGAUCCUAUCAUAUUCUUUCUUCUGGCAUCAGGGCAUCUACCGGUCUCUGGUGAGCUUCUCUAAAUCGGAAAAGAUUGCUUCAUCUUCCGUAGUUUCUGAUCCCGAUGGUUUGACUGUUCAUGGUGAUCGGGAGACCACACCUAUGCCUGAACCAGAGCAAUUUCAGCAGGAUGAUCAAAAAGCAACUGAAGACAAUCUCUCACUUAACCAGAAGAGCAAUGACACCCAAUCACAACAACCUUGAGGACGAUACUGAUGAGCACAUGUUGCCCAGUGAAGCAGACGACGUAAAUCUUGAGAUUUAUAUGUUUAUACUCUUAGAGGCAGAAAGAUCGUCAAACUAAGAAGCGUAGGCCAAGACGCGGAUAAAGGUGAGGGGAGUUGGAACUUGAAUAUGAAAGGGGUUUGAUAAGUUGAAAUUACUUGGCUUCAGUUGCUUCUGAAACUUUAGUUUGGAUGAUUUUUCUGUUGCAUACGUCUGACAAAUUGAUGACUCAUGUUUUAGCAAACCUAUUUAUACAUUUCUAUGGUGAUUAUAUCUUUAUCAAAGAUAAUCCUUUGUCUCA